AUGUUCUUCCUAAGCAGUGUGCUGUUUCGAUCCAAAAGCAAACGGGUCCAUGUGAAUUUAAUCUCCUCAUGUGCGAGCAACUAUAUUUACUCGACGUACAUUUCACCCAACAAGUCCAAAUUCCGCCUGUCCCUGAGGAAGCACGACCCCGUAGUUAACCGCCAUGUCAUGUUCUACCAGAAGCACGCAAAGUCCAAGUCGAAAAAGAGGCUAACCUUGCACGGGAUUAAUUAUGCGCGCUUUACAGGAAAAAACAAAAACCUGAGGCCCCUGUUGAAGAGAGUGGAGAAGUCGUACCUGUUCGGGAAAUUCAACAAACUUAUAGACAACACGUACAGAUUAGACCCUCAUUGGAAGGGAAAGAAGAAGAAGAAGAAGAAGAAGAAGAAGGAGAAGGAGAAGGAGAAGACGUGA